CGGUACUUGACACUAACAACCGACCUACUAGUUCCAGUGGUAGCCACCUGCCAAAAGUUGCCCAGGCCGGGCAGGGCAGUUGCUGACCACAGCAAUCAAGAACAUCCACUGAUAUUCUGUCUUGACGACCUCGAGCGCGCAUGCUUCAGCUCGUUUCGAGGUCGCGGGUGAAAUUUGAAACCCAGGGGAAACCAUAAUUGCCGACCUCAAACAUUCGUUAAUUGUACCUAGGUAUCAGCGCUGGCAUCGAAAAGAUUGGAAAAGGCAGAAACGGCCUGGGCGCGUUCAUAUUCCAAGAAACCACCUCCGCAACUCGGAACCCGAUUUUUAUCCAUCUAAUACCCUACUCGAACUCAAACCGAAGACGACGGCGACUAUCCCUGGCACUUCGACUUGCCUCGGGUUACUUGAUCGAAUUCCAUCGCCUACACGUGUUGAACAAGAUCCCAAUUUUGGGUUCAGCUUGAACGCUACUCGUUUGGCUUACAACACCGCACGGCUCAACGCCAGCAAGUCGACGAAGCCGUAGUGUCCUGAUCAAAGUGGCUCGUCCAGUGACACCAACGGACAACCUCAGACCGGAGAACAUCAAGGAACCGUUGUCGUAUCUCUCCCGGGCAUUCCCUUGCCCUUGUUUGCGCUAACCGAUCUACCGAUCGAUGGCCUGACAUUGGUAACAAGUUUGAACAGAUCCUCGCCCACGAACGGCGCCCCUUCUCGAGGGCGCGCGCUUGCGAUGCACCUCGGCCCCUUGCACUUGCGCUUCGCGGCGUCCUUUAUCGCAUUAUCUCUUCUCGUCGUUUUCAACAUCACUCUUUUCUCUCUGGAUUGUGCUCUCGCGGCCGAGCUCGAAGAUGCACCGCCCAUAUUGCUAUUAGACGAUGUCGACUCCGACCUCGACGUUUCCCAAGGUUCCGUCUCAGACUUGGGAAGCCCGCUCGACCAGAUGUACGAACCCGAGUUUGCCGCAUUCGAUAGGAGUAUCAUCGGACGUGAUCAAGUUCGAGACACCAAUGCCUUGAUAAACAACGAGGCUUUUCAGUUGAACGUUCGUCAGGGGGAUACGGAGCGCUUCGUGUUCAAGCUGUCACAGCUGUCCGAGCGGGAACUGGAGGUUGUACAGUUGGAGCUGAGGGAUGAAGAACAUACCUGGGAAGAUAUAGACGAAGACGAAGACGAAGACGAAGCUGAAGAGGAUGAGAAAGACGAGAAUAAUGAUGACUUGAGUGGGAAAGGCCUGGACAGAGAUUCUGUGGACUUGAAUCUUGCCUCCGCGAAACAGAAGCUGGGGAAACGGCAACAGGGUGCUCGCCGGCUGUUUCUUUCUGCAAACACAUGCUUGCAACCUCAAGCAUUCAAUGCGACCAAGACAACACAGCCUCCACCGCAGCUGACACUGUAUGUGUCAACAUCGACCGAUAACGUGGAACCAGGCCCGGGCGCGGAUUCGAACUCUCAAGUGUCGAUGGUAUUUAAUGAGGGUGCUAUCAUGUACAAUUUCACUACUACGACCGACGUAUAUGUUGGUGUACAUGCGCCCAACGUGGCGGAAAUCUUCGACAAGCCUUACAACAUCAAGAUCGCCAUCUCCACGGACGGUUAUUACUACAGUUAUAACGUGGAUGACGAUGCUGAUCUGAUCUGGGUUGAUAGCGACUCCCAGGGCGCAUUGCUCAUCACUCAUAAUUUGACUGAUAGUAACGACGAGAAGGAGCAACAGCGGAUAAUGAACACGCCGCCAUACGUCAUGUUCGCCCAGGACAAAUCUAAUCCGUCCAUCAACGGUGUCAGGUAUUCCUUUUGCGGCCUCGAACAAAAUGCCCAGAUUGCAACUACAAAGGACGGGAAGUAUUCGAACAUGGUCCAGACAGGCAUGACGAAGCGAGGACAGGGCAACUUUCCUAAGCAGCAGUUCUUCUUCAGCGGGCUGAAGCCAAGUACCAGUUAUCUCGGGAUCCUGGCCAAGACCAAUGUGACCGACACAGGGAGUCCGAAUCUCGUUGGAGGUGGCGGCCACGUCUUCAAAGCCACUAAUUUCCAAACCAAGUCCGAUCACGGAAACUGCAACAUCGUCUUGAAUCUUACCUUUUGUGACCAGGUAGCCUACUCGGUCCCCAGCAACCCAAACUUUGGCAACGCCUCUGUUCUGGCCAAGUUCUACGAUGACUACGCCGCCGAAGCAUGGGGUUAUUUCAAAAAGGCACUGGCCCAGGUCGCCUGCGAAGCGCCGGUGACCCAGCGCUACUCGCUCACCCGGAACUGCAGUGACUGCGAAGCCGCGUACAAGGACUGGCUGUGUUCCGUGACCAUUCCGCGCUGCGAGGAUUUCAGUAACAAUGCCAGCUACCUGCACCCGCGAGCCAUGAGCCAGCCGUUCCCCGAUGGCGAGAGGCUCGACAAUGCGACUAUGUCAUUGUACGCAGAAAACUAUGGCGACGGCAAGGUCCUGGGCAAAGCCUUCCUCCAGAGCCGCAGCUCGCGGAUCGAUGAGUUUAUCAAACCCGGCCCGUACAAGGAGGUCUUGCCCUGCGAUUACCUGUGCUACAGACUAGUCCAAAGCUGUCCGUCGUCCAUGGGUUUCGGCUGCCCGCUGCCUGGCCAGAAGGGGUUCAAUUCGAGCUACUAUAUCAAGAACGAAACAAAUGGCGAGGUCGUGUGUAACUAUCCGGGCUCGGCACACAUCUUUUCAGGCUCGUCAAAGGAUGCUGUCUCGGUAGGGCUGACCAUUGUUGUUUUGGUACUAGUGAGUUUAUUGCUCGCUUGCUAGUGGCGCCGCUGGUCCUUUUGCGAGCUGGGACAGUGUUGAAGGGGUUUGGUUUUGGCGUUUGACGGUCUUUAUGCUGCUUGAUGAUCUGGCUGUGCGCGCUCGGGUCGUUUCUUUAAAGGGCUUGUAUCAAAGUGCGUAGAUAAAAAAAUUGUAGGUAUCUUUGGUACGAAUGAACACCUUAUGGUUUUGUGGAUAUAGCGUUGGAGAGCGUUUGGAGUGUUUAUGCACUUGCUUCCCUUGUGGUACCUACGGAUUGGACAGACAUACAAUACAAAGAGAUGGGAAGUUACUGAUUGCGCUAAUGGUUACGAUGUAGAGGGAGUGUUACGAGGCGCUAGAUGCUGAGUUCAUACCCAAAAGGAAUGAAGCCAGGAAGUGGUUUCAAUCUCUCCAAGGAGAAAAGGUGUUCAUUAAGGAAACCAAGAGGCCAUGGCUUCGCAAAAUGUAUCAAAUACUACUGGCAUUCGUAU